UAGCUCGCUAGAAAUAGCGAACCGAAUAUCCAAAUCGGUGAAUAUCAACCUUCCAAUCAUGUCAUGUGUAAUGUUGUUGGAAUAAUAUGCGCAAAAUUCAGAAUAAAAUUAUGAAUGAUUCUGAUUCUGAGUACGAGGAAAGCGAGUACUUGGUUUUUGCGGAUUUUAAAAACCAAUUACCACCUCACCUGCUGAAGCACGAGAAUUCUGCCAUUAAAAUUAUAGGAGUUGAAAGCGACAGCCCCUUGGCGGAGGUAAAUGGCUGCAUUUACAAAGGCACCUACGAGCACUCCUUGGGAACAAAUGUGUUUUUCGAAAAAGCCACGGAUCGUUCGCCGGCUGACCCGCUUUUCGAGUCAUCCUGUCGACAAAAGUACCAGUAUCUGGACAAGUCUGACAAAGUCAUUUCCUUUGAGCGGGUUUACAUAGAGAAUUUGCCGCCAGAUCCUGAAAAAUCAACAGAGGUGCCAGAUACCACUACCGAAGAAACAGAAACACCGCCGAAAACGAAGCUGAAUAUCAACUACAAGGAAGCUAUUAACAAGUUCGGAGAGGAGCAUUAACAGUGCAUCAUGGAAAUUUAUCUCGAGACGCUGGAACGACC